AUGUGUUCCCUGCCGGAAGUGAAGAACAAACCAGAAAAGACUGAGGAAAUACCCCGGGACAAAGAGGAUGCACAGGACUCUGCCCCAGAUGACCAUCUGGGACCUUUGCCUGAGAACGACGCAGCUCAGGAGCUGAGUGCUUUCAAGGUUUCCUUCUUUGGAGGCACAGAGGACUUGGCCAUCAAAGAAGAGAGAGAGGACAAACAUUUUGAAGCGACCACGUCACUCGUGGAGAGAAAAUCACCGCUGACAGCCGACAUGGGCGACAGCAAGCAGGAGGGCCCUGAGGCCAGGGAGCCAGCCUGCAUGCUGUGUCGCCGCGUGGAGGCUGACCCGGACAUGUGCGGUGACAAACUGCAGAAGAGUGGGAUCUGUGCCCACGUGUUCUGCAUGUUUUUCGCCACUCUACUGUUUCACCAAGAGAACAUCCGCGUUGGACUGAUGGGCUUUCUGCCUCGAGACAUCCUAAUUGCAGUCCAGCGGGCGGCACAGAAGCUCUGCUGCGUCUGCGGCCAGAGAGGAGCAACCAUCAUGUGCUGCAAGGAGGACUGCGGGAGAUGGUUCCACCUGCCCUGUGCCAAGGAGGGCGGCUGUAUGAAUCAAUACAUUACUCCGUUCAGGUCCUUCUGCCCUGAGCACCGUCUAGAGCAGGACGUGCAGGCGACUCCUGAGCCAGGCACCGAUUGCCCCAUCUGCAUGGAGCCUGUGGAGGACAGGAAGACCUUCACAACCCUGGUGUGCCCAACGUGCAGAAGGGCCUGGUUCCACAGGGACUGCAUCCAGGGACUGGCCUUGCGCGCUGGUUUUUUAUGCCUCCACUGCCCCCUGUGCAGGGAGAGUGAAGAAUUCCUUGUCGAAAUGAUCGUCUUGGGGAUCCGAGUCCCCUUCAGGUUGCCAACAUGGGAGGACAACAACGCGUUUGCUGAUCUAGGAGAGAGGCACAGCCAGUGCAAUGCUGUGGAAUGCCUUUACCCUGGCGGCAGGGAGGAGGCAGAGGAAGCAGGGCCCUGGGAAUUGCUCCUUUGCUCCUCCUGUGCUGCCGAGGGCACCCACAGACGCUGCUCUGGCCUGAGAAACAGCACACGCAGAUGGGAGUGUGACAGCUGUGCUGGGCUCGGAACAGGGAUGAGCCAGAGCUCAAUGGCCCCAGCUUGA